AUGGAGUCUUCUAACAAAGUAGGUUUCUUGAAGCCGGAAAAUAUUACUCUUAAUGACUAUAAUAAUGGUCUUUUGAUGUUAACCUUUACAUGUUCACUUAAUUGCAACCACGAAUUUCUCUUAGAUUCUUUUGAUGAAGAAUAUCGAAAAAAAUUUUUCAAAAAACUUAACACAAAAGUCCCCAAUAAGUUUUUAUUAUUUAGGACUCUAUUGUCAGUUAGCAUUGUAAAAGAUUUACAUUGUACUGAACAAUCAUGUCCGUUAUUUAACAUUCCUGAUCAUCUGCAGUUUAUAUCAAAACUUAGUUCACAUAUUUAUAAAGACAAAAUUUGUGGAUAUAUGCUUUCUAAUUAUUUUAACCAAUUGUACGAAGAAUUAACGAAAGAAAAAUCACCAAAUAAUUUGAUGGGGAUCCCAUUUUCUACGGAGCCGGAAAGUUUUCUUACGGAUGAUGCUGUUCAGGUGACAACUCCGGUUUCCAGCAUGGGAUCUUCAACUUUUGAUGAUUAUAGGUAA